CUCUCUCUCUCUCUCUCUCUCUCUCUCUCAUUCUUUCUUUGCUUAGCUUCAUCUUUCUCACUCUCAGAGAGUAAAAUGGCACCCAUGAGCCUUCCUCCUGGAUUCAGAUUUCACCCAACAGAUGAAGAACUUGUUGCUUACUAUCUAGAUAGAAAAAUCAAUGGCCGCACCAUUGAGCUAGAAAUAAUCCCAGAAGUCGACCUCUACAAAUGUGAACCCUGGGAUUUGCCAGAUAAGUCAUUUUUGCCGAGCAAAGACAUGGAGUGGUACUUCUACAGCCCAAGGGAUAGGAAGUACCCAAACGGGUCAAGAACGAAUCGGGCAACUCGAGCUGGGUACUGGAAAGCCACCGGAAAAGACCGGGCGGUGAACAGUCAACGGCGUCCUGUUGGGAUGAAGAAGACAUUGGUGUAUUAUAGAGGCAGAGCCCCCCAUGGCAUUAGAACCAACUGGGUUAUGCAUGAGUACCGGCUGGUUGACUCUGUGUGUGGCAAUGCAUCAUCAUCUCUAAAGGACUCUUACGCAUUGUGCCGCGUUUUCAAGAAAACAAUACAAAUGCCCAAGAACAACAAAGAAGAGAAGCCAAUUGGGAUUGAUAAUGCAGAGAAUGAUUCAGUUUGGGUCUCCAAUAAUGAACAAUUAUUAGGGGAAGACAAUAGUGGGAUUAACGAGACAGCUUCAAGAGGGAUUGAGACUGAUCAAGAUGAGAAUUAUUCCAAUCAUGAUUAUCCCAAAUUUCUCUCUGACACUUCUUCUUCAGAUCUCACUCAAGGGACACCAACUGAAAAUGGCAUAGCAGAUGAUUUUCAAGCUCCAUUUGCCUCUGAUGAAGCAAACAGUUCUGCCGAUCUCUACCCUUUUGGUGUUCACUGCUCCUCAAAUCUAAUUGACCAGGAAACAUACAUACCACACAAUGAAAGCUUAUUGAAUAACUAUCAAUUUCCUUUCCCACCCUUAGAACUUGAAGACUUCCCGCAGAUCAAUUUAGCUGCAGAGACGAAUGCAUCGAAGCCUGAAAUCAUCGACGACUACAUGUCCUACGACAAAUUCAAGGACUACAUGAAUGGAACAUUUGAAGAAAUCUUCUCUUUAUGUUCCUCUCAAGACAACUCGGCUGCCCUCCCCAUGCAAGAAUUAUAAGUACUACCUGACGUACACUCACAUAUUUUCGUAUACUAGAAUUCAUUCACACACAAAGGUA